AUGUAUAUCACUCCUGAGAAGUUGUACGAUGACGUGAAAUCCCCCGAUGGUCGAUCUUUGAUCAUCGAUUGCCGAUCGGCUUCUGAUUACCAUGAUGGGCAUGUUAAAGGUGCUAUCAAUUUCACCAUUCCUGCUUCUGUUAUUAUGUUGAGACGACUCGCUAAUGGGAAGAUGUCUAUCCCCAGUAUUAUUAGAGGAACUGGACAACGUGAGAAGUUUAUUGAACAGUGCAAAACGCAUACUAUUGUACUGUAUGAUUACAACACCGAAGAAAUGAAACCUACUGGACCAUGCGUUCUGAGCACAUUGUUCCGACGACUUCGGCAGGAUGGGUGUCAAGUUGUUUGUUUACAAGGUGGUUUCAACGCUUUCAAGAGUCUGAUGCCAGAAUGGAUAGAAAGUGACUCGCCCGAGGUGCGUAACAAUGAUUUGAGUCUGGAAAAUCUCCGCAUCACUCCCUUGUCAGAUCAUGACUCUGAUGCUGAACACUGUGAUAGUGGUCUAGAUGGGGAGCCAAGUCCCAACGACCCCCCUUUCCCUGUGGAAAUCCUUCCUUACCUGUUCCUGGGCAAUGCCGAGAACUCUGCCGACUUGGAAGCACUUCAACGGCACAAGAUUCGGUACAUCUUGAAUGUUACCCCAAAUCUUCCGAAUGCUUUCGAAGACAAAGGUCUUGGGUUCAAGUACAUGAAGAUACCUAUCCAAGAUCAUUGGUCGCAGAAUCUGGCCACUUACUUUCCAGAAGCCAUUGCGUUUAUUGAUGAAGCCCGACAAAAGAAGGAAUGCAUUCUGGUGCACUGUUUAGCCGGCAUUAGUCGUUCUGUGACAAUCACUCUCGCAUACCUGAUGCAGAAGUUGAGCAUGCCCCUGAAUGAUGCGUACGACUUCGUGCGUCAGCGUAAGGCCAACAUUUCGCCAAAUUUCAACUUCAUGGGUCAACUCAUGGAUUACGAACGCCAACUGAGCAUCGGUCCUUGCCAUUGCACAUGUCAGGCUAGUCCUUGCCACUGCCAGACCCUCCAUUUCAUCUCACCAACCCGCAUCACUCCGGAUUCUGGAAUCGAUGUGGAUCAUUGGACUUAG